CCUUCAGUUUACGGAUAAUGUUCAAACCUGGCAACUUCAUUGGCCUCCGAGCAGCGCUCCUCCAUCCUGGCACUUUACCUUCAUCCUGGUACCUCGAAAGUCCCCGGACCAAAAACAGGAACAGGUGCAGGAUGAGCUCAGAAGCAGCAGAAGAAGAAGAAGCAGCAGCGUUUGAAAGCGUGAAGCCCAUCACAGUAACUCAGGACAGCGACGGCAGCAUCAUUCUGCACUGUCCCUCACACGACGACGAGUCGGAGCCUCUCCAGAAGAAGAUGCGAGUCUCCACAGAGGACAACCUGGAGACGCCUCAGUUCUCCGUCGUCACCAUGUCUGAGAAUGACGAGAGCUUCGAGGUGACGAUGACGGCCACCGCUGAAGGCGACCUCCCUGAGGACGGCGUCACCGAGAUCGAGAUCCUGCAUGAGGAUAAGGAGCAGAAGGCCGAGGUGUCGCCCGUCAGUCAGGCCUGGUUCACCACCAAAGAGGACAAAGACACGCUGGCCAACAAAGGUCACAAGUGGAAGCAGGGGAUGUGGUCCAAGGAGGAGAUCGACAUCCUGAUCAACAACAUCGACCGAUACAUGAAGCGCCGCGGCAUCCAGGAUCCGGCCGAGAUCAUUUUUGAGAUGUCCAAGGAGGAGCGGAAGGAUUUCUACCGGUCUGUGGCGCUGGGGCUGAACCGGCCGCUCUUCGCCGUCUACAGGAGGGUCCUGCGAAUGUACGACGACAGGAACCACGUCGGCAGGUACACUCAGGAGGAGAUCGAGAAGCUGAAAGCGUUGAGGCAGAAGCACGGGAACGACUGGGCCACCAUCGGCGCGGUUCUGGGCCGCAGCGCCUCCUCCGUCAAGGACCGCUGCCGCCUGAUGAAGGACACGUGCAACACAGGUAAAUGGAGCGAGGAGGAGGAGGGACGCCUGGCCGAGGUCGUGUACGAGAUGGCGGGCGUGUCGCCCGGGUCGGCGGUCACAGCGGGGGUCUCGUGGGCGACGGUGGCGGAUCGGGUUCGCACGCGCUCAGAGAAGCAGUGCCGGUCGAAGUGGCUGAACUACCUGAACUGGAAGCACAGCGGAGGAGCCGACUGGACGAAGGAGGACGACCUGUACCUCCUGCGCAGGAUCGCCACGGUGAAGGCGGAGGACGAGAACGACAUCAAGUGGGAGGACCUGGCGUGGGGGUGGAGCAGCGUGCGGUCGCCUCAGUGGCUGCGGUCCAAGUGGUGGAGCAUCAAGAGACAAGUGGCCAACCACAAGGAGAUCCCGUUCAGCGUCCUGCUGAAGGGCCUCGAGGAGCUGAUGACGUCUUCGCAGACAGCAUCUCUGCCGGGGAGUCCCUCCUCCUCCUCCACGCUCCAGAUCCGACUCGCCCGAUUGGACGAGAGCUCCGGCUGCAGCCCCGCCCCCAGCCCGCUGGCGGCGCUGCAGAUUCCUGUCCAGAUCCCGCUGCAGAUCACACACCUGGCUUCAGAUUCGGCCGCCGCCGCAGACGGAGACGCCAUCACGCUGAACUCAGGAGCUCUGCAGACCUUCGAGAUCCUGCCGUCCUUCCACCUGCAGCCCACCGGCACGCCGGGAACCUACUACCUCCAGACGACGUCCAAUCCGAGCCUCCCGCUCAGCCUAUCCAAUAACAGCACCGUAACCCUGACAACAGGCUCCUCCUCCUCGCCACAGGAGCACAUCAUCCUUCACAGCCUGUCGACCGACGGCCUUUGCUCCGGAGACGGCGUCAUCAUCCAGACCGUCUCCUCUGACCCCGCCCCCUCGGAGCCGCAGCUGGUCGUGGAGACGGAGGGGCGGAGCCAGGACCAGCACCUCCAUGUGGCGGGUCUCCUGGAGGAUUCGGAGGCGGUUGUCACGGAAACGCCCGAGUCUGUAACCGAAGGUUUCACGGCAAAGGUCCAGGGUCCAGAGGUGGAUUCUGGGAUGCCGUCUGGCCGCGCGGUGCUCCUGGCGUCUCCUCCCAACAUCAGCAGCACCCUGACAGAUCCCAUCCUGGAGAACCAGGAAGGUUCUGACUGAGCGGAAAGGACCAGAGGAGGACGCCGUGUCCCCCCCCCCCCCCCUCGUCUGCUUUUAAACGGGACUUUUGGGGGAGGUGAGCUUUUAGAACGGACGCGGCGAAGCUUCUCGGGGAAUCCCUGAAAUGUGAACGCAGCUUCGGUCGGAGCGGCUGCGGCCGGAGAACUUUCGGACAAAAACCAGCCGAGCUUUAAUUUUUAUAAAAUCAUGUGGAGGUGAGAGCCGAGCGUCACGAUGGCUCGGCUCGUUAAGGUUAGUGAUGAUGAGUGAAACUAUUUAAAUCUGCUUUAACAUCAUGGUGGGAAAACUGUUGAACUGCAAGAUGGAUUUUGAUAAAUUUUUACCGUCAAACGCUU